AUGCAAAUUGCAUUUUAUUUUUUAAUACCAAGUUCACGAAUCUUCAAAGAAAACCAACGUCGGCCAUACGGGUGCGCAUCGAGCAGGUGCUCUACUACACUUUUUCCUUUGGGAUCAAAUCAAUUGACUGGUAGCCUCCCUACAUCCCUAUUUGAGCUUCCAAGCCUUGAGUAUCUGGAUCUUUCACAUAAUGACUUUCAAGGACAUAUACCUAUAAACUCAUCUUGGAAGUGUUCCUCAUUGCUUCAGACAAUCAAGUUAUCGGGAAACAUGCUAAGCGGUAAAUUUGAUUUCUUCUGGCUGCGAAACUGUAGCAACCUCAAAGAGAUAGAUCUGUCUAUGAAUACUGAUUUGGUUGUCCAAGUGAAACUUCAUGGUUGGGUACCUAAUUUUGAACUGAAUACACUAAAACUUUCUUGCUGUAACCUUGACAAGAGCAUAAUUACGGAGCCAAAUUUUUUACGCACGCAGCCUCACCUACAGGUUCUUGAUCUGUCCAACAAUAAUCUGUCUGGAACCAUGCCCAAUUGGUUGUUCAAAACAGUAGCGACACUUGCUUACCUGGAUCUUUCAAACAACACACUCGUUGGAUCACUAGAUCCGAUUUCGCAACACCAAAGUAGUAUUCAAUUGCUGAACAUAUCUCUGAACCAUAUUGAAGGGCAGUUACCGGCCAAUAUCAGUUCAAUGUUUCCGAGACUUAGGAUUCUUGAUGUUUCUCAUAAUAUUAUGUCUGGAGUUGUGACAUCUUCAUUGUGCAACAUUGGCAUGAUUCAAUUUUUGGACCUAUCAAACAACAAGUUUACAGGAGAUGUACCAUCUUGCUUGUUCAGUGAUUUCAUCGCCCUGAAUAUUUUGAAGCUCUCAAACAACAGUCUUGGCGGAAUGAUCCUUGGCGGGGCCAGUAACUUGUCCUCUGUGUGGGGAAUAUACUUGGACGGCAACAGAUUUGAAGGAACUCUCCCCAGAAAUCUGUCUGGUAAUAGUGUCCAAAUUAUUGAUUUACAUGAUAAUAAGAUGUCGGGAGAACUGGACACCUUUUCUUGGGACCUUCCUUCACUGGAAGCUUUGAGCCUUGCUAGUAAUGGUUUAACUGGCGACAUUUCCCCAGGGAUUUGCACAUUAACAAGUUUACUGAUGUUAGACCUGUCAGACAACUACUUUACAGGGCGCAUGCCAAACUGCAGCAGUAGUACAUUACUACUCGAGUUUCUUAUAUCUGGGAAUUCGGUGUCAGGCUCGCCGGAUGCUUUUUUCAACAACUCCUACAUUACAACUUUGGAUCUCAGCGAUAAUAAUUUCAGAGGCGACCUUGAGUUUACACAACGUGUUCCUCAAAUCAGUAUACUUCUAUUAGGCUGGCAUAAGUUUGAAGGGCAGAUCUCUUCAAAUAUCUGUCGUCUCCAAGACUUGACUAUACUAGACGGGCUGUGCAUUUCACACAACAGCCUUUCAGGUUCCAUACCACCAUGUAUUGGUGGCAUUCCAUUUGAAGAGGCUAUCCAACUUUGGCCCAAUGCUGGUGCUAGAGUGACUUGGGAAGAUGGUCUCUACAAAUAUGACAAUCAAUAUGACCUCCAAGGCUUCACCUUCACAACUAAACGGAACCGAUACACAUACGGCCACAACUUCUUCACGGCGAUGUCUGGCAUUGACUUAUCUGCAAACAUGUUGUCAGGUGAUAUUCCACAUGAGAUAGGAAAUUUGAGCUAUAUCAAGUCUCUCAAUUUAUCAAACAAUUUCUUUAGUGGACUUAUUCCUACAUCGUUCGGAAAUUUGAGCGAGAUUGAAAGCUUAGACCUAUCAGAAAACAGACUGAGUGGAUCAAUACCAUGGCAGUUAACCCGGCUAUCAUCGUUAGAGGUGUUCUCAGUAUCAUACAACAACCUAUCGGGAUGUCUACCAGACUCUGGUCAGUUUGGCUCAUUUGACAUCGACAGUUACAAAGGGAACAACAACCUUAGAGCAUGCACUCCCAAUUCAGCUCCCGUGGUACGGAGUGGUGCCGUAGGAGAUUCGCCUGGUCAUGCUGACCCAAUCCUGUACGUGGUCAGCGCCGUUUCAUUCGUCUUGACAUUUUGGGUCACCGUCAUAUUUUCAUUCUGUCAUUCAUUUGGACAGCGUGUUAUUCUCAAAAUGUAAU